AUGGAAGGCUUCAAACCGGUUCUAUUUGGCUGGACCACCACACAGAACUUGUGGCCCAUGAUUCAUCCUCCGCUCCUCUUGGGAUGGGGACCUCUCUGUCUGGCACCACGAUGGAAACAUACAAAGACAUUGACAUUGGCCAUGCCAUUCUUGCACGGAAUACUCUACAGCUCCAUUCUGCUACCCAUGAUGAUGAUGGCACCAUCGCCUGAUGGUGAUGCACCACAACCCGAUUUGAACAAUAUGGAAAGCAUCUUUCGACUCUUUGCCAAUCCGGAUGUUUUCUUUUGUGGAUGGGUCCAUUACCUCGCAUUUGAUCUUUUGGUUGCACGAGGCAUUGCACAGGAUGCACUGGAAGUUUGUAAGGUCUCCGAUUGGCAGUAUUACACCAUGGUCGUUCCUUGUUUGUUCGGAUGUUUCUAUGCCGGUCCUGUCGGAUAUGUACUCUACAUGGUCAUUCGAACGUUGGUGCUCAACAGCAACCAGAAUAAUGACACCAAGUAA